ACCCGCGCGGCGGCGGUGAGGCGAAAACACGACGGAGCACCUACGGUGCUUGUUUGUGAGGAGAAUACAGAGAGUCGGGGUUUUUCUUUUUUUUUUUAAGGGGAGCCAUUUUGAGGAAAUCCUUACGGGGUCAGGCAUCGAUCCGCGUGAAGCCCUUGGCUGAAAGCGGAGCUUCUUAUCGAUAGACAGUAUAUAUAUAUUACAAUCAGCGCCAGGUGUGAGGGAGUUUUCCAGCAAGCUGGCCCCAAGUACCUCCGUGAUGUCUCUCGGGCUAGAAAUACAACAGAUUCAGCCACAGAUACAGCCUAUCAUCUUAUUUCUGAACAUUUAAGUGGUAUCUGACAAGGAGCUUCUUUUUUGUUACUAAAGAAGACUACUGCAACAAGAACAUACAAUUUAUUAACUCCAAUUUGCUAAUACACUAACUGGGACUUUGUCGUAAAGCACUUCCUCAUAACCUACUGGCUGCCCUGCAUGCAACAUACUAGCUAUUGUCUUUCCUACUCAUCAUGCAACUCAGUGGAAGAAAAUGUUUUGUUAAACAUGUGUGAAGGUCAUUCAUUUCAUGUUCGUUACAGAAUGGAAGCUUCUUGCCUGGAGCUUGCCUUGGAAGGGGAGCGGUUGUGUAAAGCAGGGGACUGUCGAGCUGGUGUCUCUUUCUUUGAAGCAGCAGUUCAGGUUGGAACAGAAGACUUGAAAACCCUCAGUGCAAUUUACAGCCAGCUGGGCAAUGCCUAUUUCUACUUGCAUGAAUACACAAAAGCUUUGGAGUAUCACCACCAUGAUUUAACCCUUGCAAGGACCAUUGGGGACCAGUUAGGCGAAGCUAAAGCAAGUGGAAACUUGGGAAAUACCUUAAAGGUCCUUGGAAAUUAUGAAGAAGCAAUUGUCCGCUGUCAGAGGCACCUCGACAUUUCUAGAGAGCUAAGUGACAAGGUUGGAGAAGCAAGAGCACUUUAUAACCUUGGAAAUGUAUAUCACUCCAAGGGUAAAAGUGUAGCCUGUGCAGGUACCCAUGAUCCAGGAGAAUUUCCAGAUGAUGUUAAAGCUGCAUUGCGGAAAGCUGCAGAUUAUUAUGAGGAGAACUUGACAUUAGUGACAGAGCUGGGCGAUAGAGCAGCCCAGGGACGUGCCUAUGGAAACCUGGGGAAUACUCAUUAUCUUCUGGGCAACUUCAGGAGUGCUGUUACUGCCCAUGAACAGCGCCUUUUAAUUGCAAAAGAAUUUGGUGAUAGAGCUGCUGAAAGAAGAGCCUACAGCAAUCUUGGAAAUGCUUAUAUUUUCCUUGGAGAAUUUGAAACUGCUGCCGAAUACUACAAGAAAACACUGCAGCUCGCCAGGCAGCUUACAGACCGGGCUGUAGAAGCACAGGCUUGCUACAGCCUUGGGAAUACAUAUACUUUACUUCAAGACUAUGAAAAGGCCAUCGAUUAUCAUCUGAAACACUUGGCAAUUGCUGAAGAACUGAAUGAUAGAAUUGGUGAAGGAAGAGCAUGCUGGAGUUUGGGGAAUGCAUACACAGCCCUGGGGAACCACGAACAAGCUAUGCACUAUGCCGAAAAGCAUUUAGACAUUUCGAGAGAGGUGGGAGAUAAAACUGGAGAACUAACAGCUAAACUUAACCUCUCAGAUCUACAAAUGGUGCUUGGCCUAAGUUUCAGCACAAACAGUUCAAUGAUGACAGAAAAUCAAAUUCUAGAUCAUAGUGUGAAUGGUGCAAGACCCCGAGUAGGACGCCGCCAUAGUAUGGAAAACAUGGAACUUAUGAAGCUUACUCCUGAAAAGGUUCAGGACUGGAACAGUGAAAUUCUGGCCAAACAGAAACCACUAGUUCCUAAACCUUCAGCAAAACUACACUUUGUAAAUCGAUUAAAAGGCAAAAAAUACAAAAACAUCACAUCUUCUAAAGUGCUUCAGGAUGCUAGUAAUUCUAUUGACCACCGACUAAGUUCACAGAAGAACAGCCCUGAUGUGCCUGGAGAUGAAGGGUUCUUUGAUUUGCUAAGUCGAUUUCAGAGCAACAGAAUGGAUGAUCAACGGUAUUGUUUCCAGGACAGGAACAGACUGGCAGUGACAUCUUCUUCUACACCGUCAAGAACAUUGAAAAAAUCCUUUUCUACGUCCAUGGUCUCACCUCACACUGAUGAAUUUCUAGAUCUUCUUGCUAGCUCUCAGAGUAGACGUCUAGAUGAUCAGCGAGCCAAUGCCAGUGAUUUACCAGGACUUCGUCUUAAUCAGCGCAACAGUCAAUCGGUCCUUGGCCGCUUGAUGGCCAGUAGCAAUAGUGAACCAGAUGAUGACUUCUUUGACAUUUUGAUAAAAUAUCAGGGCUCUAGACUAGAUGAUCAGAGAUGUGCACCACCACCAAUCAUCACAAAAGGACCAACUGUACCUGAUGAAGAUUUUUUUAGCCUUAUUCUGCGAUCCCAAGGGAAGAGAAUGGAUGAACAGAGAGUCUUUCUACCCUCUGAUUUGAAGAGGGCAAAUUCCAAUUAAUGGACUUCUUCAAAAGCACACCGAAGAGAAACAGAUGGAUUGUGUAAUACUGGAAUUCCUUUUUUUUUAAUAAUACAGGAAACAAUGCCUUUAAGGGGGAAAGUUUAUGGUACAGUUACUGCUGCCACAGCUUGAAAAAAACAUAUCUAAAAAUGUUUGUAAAAAGCUCUAUAGAGCACUGUUUCAAUUUUCUCUCUGUAAAUAUUUUUUUGUUUCGUAUGGUUUAGUGUUUAACGGUACUUUUCACAUGAGCUUAUGGGAAAAAAUCCAGCUAAAAUUAUGUAAUAGGAAAACUCUAGACUUAACCUCAAAAGUUUUUCUAACAUCUAAGAAGUAUAGAAUGUUCCAAAACAAUUGACAAGUAUUACAUUGUUUUUUUUAAAAAAAACCACACACACGAGAAAAAUAAAUAUUUUCAUACUAGCAAAA